CAUUUUCUCUCUUGUCUUACACACUAAGUAUUUAUGGGAUGGAAGGGAUAAAGCUUGUUAUCUUCAUCCUCUUCUAUAAAUUACCAAUAUUUCAUUUUAUAUACUCUUGCUUAAACCCAAAUCUGUCACAUAGAACAAACAGCACUAGAAUUUCUAGGAUACCCAGAUGGACUUUGUGCCAAAUCAAUGCCCUAUGAAGGGUUCCUUGAGGAAUUUCGUUGAGAGGGUCAAAAGGGUUGGUACUCUCUCCGUCUCUACCAUCAUUGGGAACAUCCUCUCUGCGAUCUUGACCUUCUGCUUUGCAUUAGUGGGAACUUUGUUGGGGGGCAUGACUGGAGCCUUUAUUGGUCAAGAGACAGAGAGUGGCUUCAUUCGAGGGGCAGCUAUUGGUGCCAUAUCAGGAGCUGUUUUCUCCAUUGAAGUGUUGGAAUCUUCUCUUGUUCUUUGGAAAUCUGAUGAAUCUGGAAUUGGGUGUGUUUUAUACCUGAUUGAUGUUAUUGCUAGCUUAUUGAGUGGAAGACUAGUGCGUGAAAGGAUAGGUCCAGCCAUGUUGAGUGCUGUCCAAAGUCAGAUGGGUGCUGUUGAAAUGAGCUUUGAUGACGUUCAAAACAUCUUUGACAUUGGUGGCUCCAAAGGUUUGUCGGGAGAUUCAGUUGAGAAGAUCCCAAAGACCACAAUUACAAGUGACAAAAAUGUUGAUGCUUCUGGGGAGAGAGUUUCAUGUUCAGUUUGCCUCCAGGACUUUCAGCUUGGGGAGAUAGUUAGAAAUUUGCCUUAUUGUCAUCACAUGUUUCACCUACCUUGCAUUGAUAAGUGGCUGAUCAAGCAUGGUUCGUGCCCAUUAUGCAGAAGAGAUCUUUAAUUUUGUAUAUGCAAAAAUUGCAAAGUAUAACUAUAAACCGUAAAAAUGGCUAGCUUUUUUCAUUUUUUAUAUGUAAGGGAAUUUACUUUUAUUAGGAUGUGUAAUAUGGUUAACAUUAGCAGGAACUAGGAACCAACCAUUCCAUGCCAUUCAUGAGUGGCAUCAUUGUAAUAAGUUACUAGAAAGAAAUUUUUGACUUAAAUCAGCUGUUAUUUAUUGUAUA